UUGUAUAAUAAUAUCAUUGUCCCGAAACGCAUCAGAAUACCAACACUCUCUCCCAUUUUUCUCCUUUUCUUCUUCUCUUUUCACCUGUCAAUUUGCAGAGCGAGUAUCUCUCUCCCCUCUCUUGAUCCUUCCUCGUCUUGGUUUAUGAGCUCGAAGGAGAAACCCACUCUUGGUGGAACGCGGAUUAAGACCCGCAAACGGAACAUUGCAGCUCCUCUGGACCCUGCAGCAUUUUCAGAUGCAGUGGUCCAGAUAUAUCUGGAUAGUGCUGGUGGUGAUCUGGACCUUGUUGCCAAGAGCCUUGAAUUGUCUGACCUUAACUUCUCACGAUACGGUGACACCUUUUUUGAGGUUGUUUUCACAGGAGGCCGUACACAACCUGGAACAACAAAACCUGAUGAGGGUGAGCGCCACCCCUACUCUAUAAUAGACUGUGAGCCUAAACGUGAAGCCAUUUUACCAUCUGUAAUCUACAUACAAAAGAUCCUGCGGCGAAGGCCUUUUCUCAUAAAGAAUCUUGAAAAUGUUACGAGAAGAUUCCUGCAGUCCUUGGAGCUUUUCGAGGAAAAUGAAAGGAAGAAGCUGGCUAUUUUCACAGCACUUGCAUUCUCUCAGAAGCUCUCAGGGCUUCCUCCAGAGACUGUUUUCCAGCCACUCCUUAAGGAUAAUCUUGUUGGAAAAGGGCUAGUUCUUACAUUCGUAACAGACUUCUUUAAGGAGUAUCUGGUUGAUAAUAGCCUUGAUGAUUUAAUUGCAAUUCUGAAACGUGGUAAGAUGGAGGACAGUCUUCUGGAAUUCUUCCCAUCUGGGAAGCGGUCUCCUGAAGGUUUCUCUGAGCAUUUCACCAAGGAAGGACUGACAUCCUUGGUUGAGUACAAUGAGAAGAAGAUAUUUGAAGUGAAACUGAAGGAAAUGAAAUCUGCGUUAACAACCCAAAUAGCAGAGGAGACUGAAAUAUCUGAAGUUAUUGAAACUGUGAAGCAACGCAUCAAAGAUGCUAAAUUACCUGACAUUGAGGUUGUGCGCAUACUGUGGGAUGUCUUGAUGGACGCAGUUCAAUGGUCUGGGAAGAACCAGCAGCAGAAUGCUAAUUCAGCUCUGCGCCAGGUGAAAACAUGGGCAGAACUGUUAAAAGCCUUCUGCACCAACAGAAAACUUGAGCUAGAACUCAUGUACAAAGUUCAGAUGCAAUGCUAUGAGGAUGCUAAGUUGAUGAAGCUCUUCCUGGAGAUCAUUAGGUCUCUCUAUGAUCAGGAAGUGCUUGCCGAAAACACGAUUCUUCACUGGUUCCGCAAAGGGACAAACCCCAAGGGCAGGCAAACCUUUGUUAAGGCUCUGGAGCCAUUUGUGAAGUGGCUGGAGGAAGCAGAAGAAGAGGAGUGAAGUUUGUGAGCUGAUGAUGAUAACAACAAUGAUGAUGACAAUGACAACACUCAAAUCAAAUCCUUGUUCUUCUGUUUUCUAUCAUAAUUAUUAGUAUGCAAAAGGCUAUAUGACAAUGUCAACUGUCAUUUAAAAAAAAAAAAAAAAAACUCUUCCAGUUCCUUUGACAUUUGCUGUGUGGUGCCUGUUAAAAACCCCAUAUGAUCAAACCAUUCUAGAUCAUUUUACUACAACUGCUACUUACAAUAAUCAAUGUCCCUUUGUACUUCCCUUUA